CAACUCUGUGGAGCCCGGGGGCGGGGAUCCGGUCCUGCCUCUGAUCCGGGUGGUUCGGAAUCCGAGCGUGCGGUGUAUGAAAGGAGUCCUAAUGGAAAUGGCUCCAGGGCGUCCGAAGGGAGCGGUGUUUGUGCCCCGGGCAUUUCGGAUAAGCAAAUGCUGAUCUGUCAGUUUUUGUCUUUCCUGUUAAACCCUCCCUCUGUCCUGUGCGGCUGCUCUUUGUCACUUAAUGAUUUGAAAGAGUGCAUUUAAGGGGAUGGUGUUACUGUGCUUUAUGGAAAGGCACCGCAGUGCCCAGGGGCACCCACAGCUCUAUCUGUGCUCAGAGCCCCCCAGCCUGAGCUGGGAAUCUGCAGGGAUGGGGCAUCACCAGCUCUCUGGGCAUCCUGUACCAUUGCCUCAUGAUCCUCAUUGUAAUAAUUUCUUCCUUAUGUCCAGUCUAAACCUCCCCUCCUUCAGUUGGAAACCAUUUCCCUAAAAGAAAGGUGUGACAGCAGUGCAGAAAAGCCCACAAUCUCUGACAGGCAGCAAAACACUGUAAUUCUAUUAGAGAAAGUCACAGAGCCUGAUUUAAUCAGGAAAAAAAAAUAGAAGAGAAGCCACAGUGCAGGAUUUCUACACUGGGUUAUAGCAACUAUAUAGCAACUGAGCUGCAGCACUCAGCCUUUGACCUUGUAGAGAGCAAUAUGGGUACUUUUGGCUGAAUGUACUGAAUGUAUGCUUAAUGGAAUUCAUCUCUUUGCAGCUGAAAGAAAUGCAGGAUGAAAUUCUUACUAAAAAUGGGGAAAUCAAAAUGUUGCGUGACUCUAUGCAGCAGAUGGAGCACACUAUGGAUGAGCAGAGAAGGUCGUACAUGCUGUUGGAACAGCAACAAUCUCAGGCCCUUGGUGAAAAAGAGAGAGAGUUCUCCAAAAAGUUACUGUCACUGCAGUCAGAGUUGCAGUUCAAAGAUGCAGAAAUGAACGAAUUAAGAACGCGGCUUCAGAACUGUGAAAGAAACAAACACUCAGCUCAAACGGUUGUGCCACAAAGCCCUAAAAAGAAUUUUACAGUCCAGAUGAAAUCAGAAGGGUGUCCUCUGCAGCCUGGAAAAAGGUCUUUUCCUACAAAAGAGUCUUUCAAUGCUGAAACAGCUGUCAGACCCUCUUCUUCUUCUUCAGGAAAUUGUUUUGCACAGAUGGUUUCCAGCAAGGAAGAUAGUAAGAUGCCCCAUCCUGAAUUGUCAUCCAUAAAGCAGGAAGCAAUGGGAAGGAGUGGUUCUUGCAAUUCUGUACCUCGUCGGAGCAUUCAAGAGGAUGGAAGAGCCACUCCAAAGGCAAUCUCUCCAGGUUCCGCCUUGCUGAGCGCCCUGCUGAAGCAGCCCCUUGUCUCUGGGUCCCUGCUGGGACUUUGCCAUCUUCUCAGCAGCAGCGCUGAGGCUCUGCCAGGAGCUGUGCUGCAGCCCGACCUUCUGCAGACGCAGCCCACGCAGACGCCUGGCACCAGGGCAGCCCCGGAAGAAGUUGCUCCUCUUGUGUCCCUGCAAGAAGCUCAGAAGCUCGCAGUGACAGGGCUGAACUUGAUCGCUAUGGACGAAGGGCCGUGCGAAGGGAGCCCUGCAGGGAGUGGGAGCGAGGUGUUGUGUUUGAAACGCUGCAAGAUCCGAGGAGCUGUGCACCUCCUGCCCUUGGUGGAACACCACAUCGGUGCUUACUGUCGAGCGGUGCAGUCGGCAGACAAGUCAGUAAAUGCUUCUUGUGGAAACCAUGCAGUCGUUUCUUCCAGAACCAACACAAGUAAGGUGGCGAGUAAGGAGGACUUCAGGUUGUCUCUUGAAGAAGCAACAGUUCUGUCGCUAGGUAUUCUUUAUUAUUUGGCGUUUUAUAGCUGGGACGUUGUCCACGUGUUGCUGGCUAAUGAGGUGGAAGAAAGUUCUGCUGUUGGAGAAGAACAGCUUUCCAAGACAGACAAAAAUGUGCUGUGUGAUAAUAAAGAAGAUGACAGGACGCAAGGAGGGCUGCCUGACGCUCCGCAGGAUGCUGACAGUAACGUUCAAGCACAACAUUCUUUGUUCAGGAAGCUGCUCCAGGUUUUAGCUUUUUCUGCCACCGCGGGCUCCCAGAUGGAUUGCAUCCUGCAGCACAGCCUGAAGGUUCUGGUAAAACUGGCUGAAAACUCAACGAUGGACUUGCUAAUCAAUUUUCAGCACCUCCUGAGCCACCAGGUGCUGCUCCGUGUCCUGUGCCCAGCUGUCCCUCUGCACACAGUUCUUCUGACCGUGAAGCUGCUGUCCAUACUUGCACAACACCACUUGCUGGUUGCUCAACUUUGCUCCCAUUCAGAUAGCUGCCUUCUUCUUGCACUGUACAUGUACAUCACAUCAAGACCGGACAAAUCGGCCUCUGAGGUGCAUUGGCUGCAGCUGGAGCAAGAGGCAGUCAGGCUCCUGACCCGGUGCGUGCGGUUCUCCAGCCCAGCAGUUUUACCCCCUGCUGCACACUGCCAGUGUAAUCUGGAGGUGGUUAAGGCACUAAUAAUAAUGUUACACAGACAGUGGACAAAGAUUAGAAGAUUUGAGAGCAGCUUGUGUGCACAUAAGGAGCAAGUCAUUCAGUUCUUAAGGGACGCUGUCCUACUCUUACACAGCCUGUGUCAGAAAGACAAACUGUUUCAUGAGCACUGUUUGGAAGUACUCCAUCAGUAUGACCAAGCCAUGCCAGGCAUUAGAGCCAUCCUCAGAAAAACCAAAAAGCUGAGCGCCUGCGAAGAGCUGAUCUUGGAUGAGUUGUACCCUCCUGAGCCAGAAGCAGAAGAUCAGGACUCCAGUUAGCCAUGUGGCAGUGAUCUCUGCCCGUACUUCAGUCAUCGUAAUCACUGCCAGAGUAAACCUGAUCUAAAUCAGCAAUUCUCCACAGUGAUAACUCAAAAGUUGCUCUCCAAUGCACAACUAAAACACAAUUCUUUGUUGCAGUUAUUCUACCUAAGUGCUAUCCAAAUGAAAACAAGGGAAUUGUGAUGUGAGGACAAAAAUAAUACUGCCAUGUACUGUUUUGCUGUGCAAAACCACUGGAAGGAUGAACUUAGGAAUGGUUCUGUUUAUGAGCAUCGCCCUUCAUGAAGCUGCUGUGAAUGGAAUGGAAACCUUACUGUGUGUUCCCCAUUUACUGUGACUACAGCUGCAUUUAUGCUGGUUUAUGAUGCUGAACGUCCUGGGACGUUUGGGGUCACUGAGUUCCUAUGCAAGUCUUGUGACAAUAUUUGUUGUUUCUUUUGUAGCUGUACCACUUCCUUGCUUGAGACUUUUGUGUUGAAAUUAGUAAAUUGUUUACUGUGACUUUUUUAAAAAAUAAUGGCAGAAAUAACUUGUAGUCGGCAGUUCCCUACUGAGCAAGGCAUUUAUAAAAGGCCUGGGCUCAUCAGCUGAGUUCACUCCUUUUUUCAGUUUCAUGAAUGUGCUGGAAGUGGCACUGCUAAGAUGCUCCACCCAAAGCUGCUGGAACUCAGAGAAGAACCAGGUGGCUGAAGGGAACGUUGUACUGAGCAAAAGAGGUUCAAAGCUCUGCAGAACCUGAGCUGUAGCACCCGGGUCUGUGCUGCAGUGGAACUGAAUGAGCAGCUAAUUGCUAGGAUAUGGCACGAAUGAUUGCAGGAGUUACUGUUGCUGUGUUCUUUCGGUGUAGUGGGCUGCUGUUAGCAGCUGAACCUUAGAUCCCGAAACCAGAACUGUUUAAUUGCUACUAAAAGAAGCCCCUUGGUUUGUGGUGCAGCUAUGGGGUGCCUUUGAAGAAGGAACUAACCCUUCUUUAUACCAACAAUGACCUUAUAUAGUGUUUAUGGGGAAGUGAGAAAUUAAGUUCAUAGCUGGUAAACUCAAAAACAUCAA